GAAAAGGCGGGCUCAAGGAAAAACCAAACCACAAUUUACCCUCCUUCUCCGUGGGUAUCUAGUUGAGGAAAAACUCUGAAGCGCAGGAGUUUUGUAAAACCUUUAACGCUGACAUUAAGCUGCACAACAAAAAAAAAAAAGAAGAAGAAGCUCUUUACAUGAUUGCAGUCUGAGGAUUUCGACUGUCAUCAAGACAAUUUUGCAUUGCUGAGCUGUUUUUAUUAUUCCACGGUUUUGUUUUGGUGUAGGUCUGCGUGCGCAAUGAUGACCACCUACCCAGGCCCCGAGGAUAACGGCAUGAUACUCAUGGACACUACCUCGAGCUCAGCGGAGAAAGACCGAACAAACGAGGAAACCCCUCCCGAGAAGGGACCGGACAAAUCCGACCCGACCCAGAAACCACCGUACUCCUACGUGGCGUUAAUAGCGAUGGCAAUCCGCGAGAGCUCGGAGAAGCGUCUCACGCUGUCCGGCAUCUAUCAGUACAUCAUCAGUAAGUUUCCUUUCUACGAGAAGAACAAAAAAGGAUGGCAGAACAGCAUCCGACACAACUUGUCACUUAACGAGUGCUUCAUCAAGGUGCCUCGGGAGGGCGGCGGUGAGCGAAAGGGCAACUACUGGACCCUGGACCCGGCAUGCGAGGAUAUGUUCGAAAAGGGCAACUACCGGCGAAGGCGACGCAUGAAGAGGCCGUUUAGGCCUCCACCGACCCAUUUCCAGCCUGGCAAAUCUCUUUUCGGUGGUGACGGGUAUGGUUACCUCUCACCGCCCAAAUACCUGCAGUCAGGGUUUAUCAAUAACUCAUGGUCUCAUGCGCCUAUGCCAUAUGCCUCCUGUCAGAUGAGCAGUGGGAAUGUAAGUCCCGUUAACUUGAAAGGCUUGUCCGCGCCGUCCUCGUACAAUCCAUACUCGCGUGUGCAGAGCACAGGUCUCCCGGGCAUGGUGAACACUUACAACGGCAUAAGCCACCAUCAUCUCCACCAUCACACGCACCCUCAUGCGCACCCGCACGCGCAGCAGCUGAGUCCCGCCACGGCUGCACUCCCUCCGGGGUCCACUGGUAACGGGACAGGGCUGCAGUUUGCUUGCUCGCGCCAACCCGCAGAACUCUCCAUGAUGCACUGCUCAUACUGGGACCACGAGAGCAAACACUCCGCACUUCACGCGCGGAUUGAUAUAUAGCUCGUGCGUCACGAGACCAACGACAGAUAUACAUGCUAAACGACAAUAAAUGCAAGGUCCAUCGAUUUCAAAUAAAUAAAUAAAGACAUUUUAAAAUUCUGCUGAUUUAGGACAGAUAAGAAGGAAAAACUCUUUCUGGAGCCUCAAGUUGUGGAAGC